CUCGUUCUUAUCGCCCAGCUGUGAGCAUAAGAAACCGCUGCUUGAGAAUAUAAACCAAACAGCUUUAAUUUUUCAGUUUGAUCAGUUUAUUUGUAUACCAAGUGGGUAAUCUCGAGUGCCGAAUACACAUUAGCGAACAGUAAAUACUGCCAACGAACUUUGGACGGAGCUACGUCAUUAGGUGGACGGGUCUAAAGUCCAACUUGUUGCACCGAUCUUGUUGUUUGUGUUGUGUUUGGGAUUAGAAUAAACACAACAUCAUACAUACAUACGUAAAUAGGAACAGUUUACGGUGCGCUUCUGCAACUUACAACCCUUCCUAUUGGAAAACCGCUAUUAGCUGCAAAAGAAGCUGAACAUGUCGGCACUCUUGAAAAUGCACAGCGUCCGGAGACUCUUCAGCCCCUCCCUGGCUCGCAGCAUUUCCGAUGCGGCCAAAUUUCCCAGAAUCACCACCCACUAUACGCUGAAUCCCCGCGAAAAGGAUGAGCGCUGGACGGAAGUGGACAUGGAGCGCUGCGUUGAGGAGGUGGACCUGGUGAUCGUGGGUGGAGGACCGGCUGGCAUGUCGGCGGCUAUUCGGGCGAAGCAACUGGCGGCGGAAAAGGAUCAGGAAAUUCGCGUCUGCGUGGUGGAAAAGGCCGCCGAAGUUGGCGGACACAUUCUGUCCGGCGCCGUCAUCGAUCCUAUCUCGUUGAACGAGCUUAUCCCGGACUGGCAGGAGCAGGGAGCCCCGCUUAACACACCCGUGACCAAGGACACCUUCUCCUUUCUCACCGGAUCCGGUCGCAUCUCCAUUCCAGUCUUCAAGGGCUGGCCCAUGGACAACCAUGGCAACUACGUAGUUCGCUUGGGCCACCUGGUCAAGUGGCUUGGGGAUCAGGCGGAGGCCCUGGGCGUGGAGAUAUAUCCCGGCUGUGCUGCCUCCGAGGUGCUAUUUCACGAGGAUGGCAGUGUCAAGGGCAUUGCGACCAACGACGUGGGCAUUGCCAAGAGCGGUGCUCCCAAAGACACCUUUGCACGUGGCAUGGAAUUGCACGCCAAGACUACAAUCUUUGCCGAAGGCUGCCGUGGACACCUGACCAAGCAGAUAAUGCAGAAGUUCGGACUGAACGAGGGCAGCGAACCUCAAGCCUACGGAAUCGGUCUGAAAGAGGUCUGGGAGAUUGCCCCCGAGAAGCAUCAACCUGGUUUGGUGGAGCACACCAUUGGCUGGCCUCUGGACCGCUUCACAUAUGGUGGCUCCUUCUUGUACCAUUUGAACGAGCCCACGCCCACCAUCGCAGUUGGCUUUGUGGUCGGCUUGAACUACAAGAACCCCUGGCUCAGUCCCUUCCAGGAGUUCCAGCGGUUCAAGACGCAUCCCAAGGUUAGACACGUCUUCGAGGGAGCCACUCGAAUUGCCUAUGGGGCACGUGCCAUCAAUGAGGGUGGUUUCCAAAGCCUGCCCCAGAAGCUAUCCUUUCCGGGAGGUUGCCUUGUUGGCUGCAGUGCUGGCUUCUUGAAUGUCCCUCGCAUCAAGGGCUCCCAUUACGCGAUGAAGAGCGGCAUGCUGGCGGCGGAGAGUGCUUUUGAAGCCAUCAAUGCGGACGCACAAUCGACGGCUGGUGUUGAACCCACGGGCUAUGCGGAGAAAAUCAAGAACUCCUUUGUAUGGAAGGAUCUGUACAGCGUGCGAAAUGUCCACCCUUCUUUCCACAAUCCUUUGGGCCUGUACGGUGGCCUUGUGCUCAGUGGUUUCUCCAUUUUCAUGGGCGGUCGGGAACCCUGGACCCUAAAACACGGUCCCCAGGAUCACGAGUCCCUGCAGCCGGCCAGUUCCUGCCAGCCCAUCGUUUACCCCAAGCCCGAUGGCAAGAUCUCCUUCGAUCUGCUGUCUUCGGUAGCACUCACGGGCACGAACCACGAAGGCGACCAGCCCGCCCAUCUUACCCUCAAGGACGACCGCAUCCCCGUGGAACAUAAUUUGGCGCUGUACGAGGGACCGGAGCAGAGAUUCUGCCCCGCCGGAGUGUACGAGUACGUGCCCAACGAGGAGGGCGGCAACAUGAAGCUGCAAAUUAACGCUCAGAACUGCAUACACUGCAAGACCUGUGAUAUCAAAGACCCCAAGCAGAACAUCAACUGGGUGGUGCCCGAGGGAGGUGGUGGUCCCGCCUACAACGGCAUGUGAAAGGAUAAUCAUCCCAGCCAAUCCGUGUACCGCAAUUGCAUUUCACUAGUUUUAAAAGUUGAGAAUUUGAACCUAUGAUUCGGAAAUAAGCCUAAAGUUGCAAUAAAAUUGUAGUAAAACUCA